AUGAGUGGAAUCGUGAGAAAGCUAUGGUGCUGUGGAGCAAAAGGGUUCCCGUCCUCAGCUGAAGAUGAUCAAGAUCAUGAGGCGGCACAACCACCAGCAGCGGAGGGCCACAUUCGAGUGUACGUCGGGAAAGACAAUAUUCAGUGCAAGUUUGAGAUGGAAGCCCAUUUCUUAAACCAUCCUCUGUUUGAAGACCUGCUUCGUUUAUCCGAGCAAGAACAUGGUUACUCUUACGAUGGGGCAUUGAGGAUUGCCUGCGAGAUCCAUCUCUUCCAAUACCUUCUUCACCUCCUUAAGACUGGCAAUCCCACUGCCCAUUACAUGCAACUUCCUGAUCUCAUUUCCAACUUCCACUCUACUACCGCCCACCAUAAAUAUCCUCCUUCUCCUCCUCUAAAUAUUCCACCUUGUCAAUAUUCUCACUGA